AUGAGUGACUACCCAGUAAAUGAGAGCUCAAGUUCAUCGGAACAGGAUUCCACUCACCAAGGCACAGGAGGUUUUACGAGGUAUAAUAGCAAUAGUAGUGGAUAUCCGCCUUCAAGAGGUGGGUACUCAGGAAGAGGCUAUUACAGAGGUGGGGGUAAAUAUAAAGGGCAUUCCUAUGACCAUUCAAACAACUCACGGAGGGACUUUCAUAACAACCCAGGAGGCUACUCGGGUUAUCGCGGGUAUGGUCAAAAUGCCGAUAGCUAUGGCUCUGAACAUUAUUACAAUGGACGGAGCCAAGGUAGCAAACAUAUGAACAGUAGUAGUAGAUACUAUUCUGGAAGAGGAGAAGAUUAUGCUCAAGUGCAUGGAAAUAGUAACAAUCAGUCAUACCAGAAUGAAAAUGAUUACCAAUAUCAUCGAGGGACCCAAAACGUAUCCAGUCAAUUCCAGAGUGUAGGAACAUACCAUUCAGUGCCCCAGCCUUCAUCAAGAAACCAAUAUGCCACAGGGAUACCUCAGUCUACUUCACAGUCAUAUGGACAAAUACCAUUCAAGCGUCCUCAUGACAGCGGUAACAAUACACCGGUAGAUAGUUUCAACCGCAGUGGAUCUCUAUCUUCAAAUAACAAUACCCCUACUAUAGCAAGCCCUGCACUCACUCAACCUCAAGAAUUCAGGUUAGAUCGAAACGAAUCACCUUUUUUUUAUCUUACGGAUCUUGACAAAUCCACCGAUAACAGUGUUGAGCUUGAUAGGAUCAAGCACAUACUUCGUGAAAGUGAUUCAUUAGAUAAAAAAAUCGAGGAAGAAAAACUACGGAUUCUCAAAGAUGAGCUAGAGUUGAGCCUCUUGACCACCCAAUGUGAGAGAGAUUACUUGAAUGUACAACUCACGCAGGAAAAACUUGAUUCAUUGCUAAUGCAGGGCUGA